CUUUAGAAAAUAUAAUUAAAUUGGCUUUGUUUUUUUUUAAACCCCGACACCCUUGCAAUGAUUGCACCAGUGAAUGUACUUCUUAGAAUCCCUACCUGAUCUUAAAUGCAUCAUCUUCGCUCAAUUAUCUAAACGACUGGCAAAAGCAGUAAUGGACGCAAGACAUGACCCUCCAUCGUGGUGCAGCUGCAGAACAGGCCGUCCGAGUGUAAACAAACAACUCCGCUACUCAGACGACAGUGGUCGGGGACGGUGAUGUGCAUCACUCUUCGGGUAUGAUGGAAGCAGCAGGGUUUAGACUUGCAGAGCUGUGGCUUUAGGGCCUGACCAGCACCAUGCAGCAAAAAGGUGCCAUCCAGAUUAUCGAAUGGGAAGACCUGGACAAGAGGAAGUUCUACUCCCUGGGUGUGUUCAUGACGCUGACCACCCGGGCCACGGUCUACCCAGCCAGCCUGAUUCGGACCAGGCUCCAGGUGCAGAAAGGGAAGGCCUUGUACUCGGGCACCCUUGAUGCUUUCUUCAAGAUCCUGCGAACGGAGGGAGUGAGGGGUCUCUACCGAGGCUUCAUGGUCAACACCUUCACCCUGGUCUCCGGACAGGCGUACAUCACCACCUACGAGCUGGUGCGCAAGUACGUGUCCCACUACUCACCGAGUAACACGGUGAAGUCGGUGGUGGCGGGGGGCGCGGCGUCGCUGGUGGCUCAGACCAUCACCGUGCCCAUUGAUGUGGUGUCCCAGCACCUGAUGAUGCAAGGACAGGGGGAACAUCUGACCCGCUUCAAGGUCAAACCAAAGAUGAUGCUCACCACAGCUAAACGCAAACCUAUUUUCGGGCAAACGCGGGACAUAACGGUGCAGAUAUUUGCAGCCGAUGGUUUCAGGGGAUUUUACAGGGGUUACGUGGCGUCGCUGCUCACGUACAUCCCCAACAGUGCUGUCUGGUGGCCUUUUUAUCACUAUUAUGCAGAAAAAUUGUCUUUAUUGGCACCAAGUGGGUGUCCCCACCUGAUUCUGCAGGCUGUGGCAGGACCAAUGGCAGCAGCAACCGCCUCCACCAUCACAAACCCCAUGGAUGUUGUUCGUGCGAGAGUCCAGGUGGAGGGCCGAUCAUCGGUCACAGAGACGUUCAAGCAGCUGGUGGCAGAGGAGGGCAUUUGGAUGAUGACCAAAGGGUUGUCGGCCCGCAUCAUUUCCUCCACGCCCACGUCAGUGAUCAUCGUGGUUGGAUAUGAGACUCUGAAGAGGCUGAGCCUGCGUUCUGAGCUGAUUGAGACCAGACACUGGUGAAAGACAACAAGGCGGAGGGGGUGGGGGACCAGGACAGCCUUUCAGCAGGCUCCAGCUGUAUACAGGCAGUGACCCAGAUCUGUCCUAUGCUUUUUAAACUGGGUGUGGUUUUUAAUGCAGGCAUAGAGAGGAUCCAUCAUUAGACAUACCAGGAAGCAAAUUGAAGGGUGCUAAUGCCCUUUUUUUUCCUGUGUCAGACUGUUUUGCAAACUGUUAUACUGUACCGUAUUGUUCUGGCGUUCUUGUGAUUUGCUGUAUUAUUUGUGAAAGAUACACAAUGAAAUUUGUAACAGGCACUUAUUUCUCUUUCCUGCUGCCGUCUCCCUGUAUCACCCAGUUAGAUUAGGAAAAGGGAGGAAAAUUUAAGGUUUAAUCUAAACAAAUGUCUAGAAAGGUUUUAUUAGGUAUACUGAAACGGUAACAUAACUGUUUUGUGUGGUGUAAAAUCCAGUUUUGCUUUUAUCCUGCAAUGCUUUACUGUAAAAAUCACUUUUAAUGUCUGCAUAUUUGUACCCCCCCACCCCUGUAUUUCUUAGAGUCCGUUUUUUCGGACCACAUGCGUUUUGUGGAUCUUGAAGUAUUUUCUGGGAGUUGCAGGGGAUGCUUAUAAGGGCUAUCCGGUCUAAAACAACAGUGGGUCCUCAAAUCUCAACAAAAAAGUCAAGCUUGUGCCCAGUUGGGUUUGGACGACCCUGUUUUGGGUGUUCAUGGACAGUGGGACGACAGUAGACCUCAGGGUCUCAUCUUUGCUUUUGCAGAUAAAAUGGCUUACACUUGUAUAGCGCUUUUAUCAAGUCCAAAGACUCCAAAGUGCAUAACAUUACAGUCAUGCACUGACAGUGGUAGGCUACCUUGUAGCCACAGCUGUCCAGGGGCAGACAGACAGCAGUGAGGCACCACCCCACCCUCUGACCACCAUCAGGAGGCAAGGCGGGUGAAGUGUCUUGCCCAAGGACUCAACAAUUGAGACCAACGGAGCGGGGGUUCAGACCAGCAAACCACCUGUUACAGGACGAACCCCUUCCACCCGCGGUUCUGUUGGCAGAAUACCUUAGGUCUGGGAUUAAAGUCAGCUCCUGUAAGUCUAAGGCCAUGGUAAUCAACUGGAAAAAGGUGGAGUCUUAAGCAGGAAUAUUAGUAUCUGUGCAAGUGAUGGUAGAGGAAAAGAGGGGCUUUGUGUCCAGAAAAGCUGCUGUGGUAAGGAAAGUAAAGUUUUUAUUUACCGAUCCAAGCAGGACAAUACAGGGCGGAAUGCUGUGUACAAGCAGCUGAAGAGGGCUGUAUCCAUAGGGUGGCUGGAUUCAGGUUUAGAAAUGGGUCCUUCUUCCAUGGGAGGAUGGCGAAAGCAGUUGAGCUAGUUCAGGCAUCCAACCAGGUUCCCUGCUGGGUGUCUAGGCUUUGGGGGUUUUCUAAGCAUGUCCUACCAGUAAGAGACCAGUGGCAGAUCCUGAACUCUCUGGAAAACCCGGGGACCCCCCAAAAUCAGCUGGAGAGAGUCACCAGGGAGAGGGAUGUCAGGGUUUUCCUCAUGCAGCUGCUACCUCUAUGACCUUAUUUGGGGUAAGGGGGAAGACAGCCUAUGGAUGUCUGAAGCCCAUCUUAUACUUCUGCCUUUUGCAAAUUUUAGUAAGUUGCCUCUUUUUGUGAAAUAGCUCUGUGUGUUUAAAAUGUAUAAUUCUAUAGAUUAAUACUUUUUUGGACGCUGAUAAUAAUAUGUAUCACUGCCAGUAAAGUGUUCACUUAAAUGGAGAGUUAACCACAUUAACGUAAGCCAGAGUCCUCAAUCUGGUUCCAAACAUUUAUACUUGGACCCUAAGAGGUGCGGGAUUGAACACAGUACUCUUUAUUUUUUGCUAUGAAACAUGUCUCCUGGGGAGAAAUGUAAUAAUCUUGAGAGGUCUGCAACUAAAACGUGAUGUCAAGGAGACGGUCUUCAAAGACGAAGAUGGCAGCACUACACCAGCGCACAUCCUGAUUUACUGAGCUGCCUUCAGAGUUAACUCAUUGCAUUCUGCUUGGUACACCAGUGAAAAGCAGACAUUGUGUGUCUUUAAAAAAUGCCAUGUUUGUAGACAUCUCUGUUCAUGUAGAGUACAGUGUUGUUUUUUUAACUUUUCAUUAAAUGAAUGUGUUAACGUUGGGAUAUGUUAAAAUGUACAGAGUACCAGUUGAGGAAAACAAAAACACUGUAAAGAAAUCAAUGCAGUGUUUUAAACAGAUUUCUACUGGCAACAGCAAUAAAUCGUUACGUUACUAAUA